GCGUAAUCGGGUGCCUUUCCACGACACUCGCGAUCCUGUCGCCUGUCGUGCUCGCACGAGAUACUUUGUACAUUAUGUACGGACGUUAUCAUGGGAGGAGCAAUCAGCUCGUCCAGCAUCUCAGGCGAUCUAGGGUGAUUAAAUCCGACAGAGUGUUUGAGGCAAUGAAUUCUGUGGACAGAGGAAAAUAUACUCAUCCCAGUCAUGCUUAUAUAGAUUCUCCACAAGGGAUAGGUUACGGCGUCACCAUUAGUGCUCCUCAUAUGCAUGCAUAUGCCCUGGAAUUGCUUGAAGAGAAAUUGCGUAGUGGUGGAAAGGCACUGGAUGUUGUUUCUGGCUCAGGAUACUUGACAGCAUGUAUGGCCAUUAUGCUUGGACCACAAGGAUUAGCUGUUGGGAUCGACCAUAUUCCAGAACUUCGAAUGAUGGGAAGAAACAUUCGGCACGAUCAUCCGGAACUUUUGCGCAGUGGACGUGUGGAAUUAGUUGUCGGGGAUGGAAGAUUGGGAUAUCCCGAUCGUGGACCAUAUAACGCUAUUCGGGGAGCAGCCGCUAAAGAAUUGCCACAAGCG